AGCUCCAGCCCAGCGUGGCCAGCGAGCACCGCACGGGCUUCUCGCGCUUGCGCCCGAUUGCUUUGCGCCGCGCUUCGGCGAGAAAACCACACAACCUAUCGCUGGCGGGGAGCGGUGCGGCGGUGCCACGCCCUCACCGUGAUUUCUCCUUCGGUCCCCGUUCGGGAUCCCCGGCGCGUCACCGGGCCGGCUGGUCUGUGCAUCGCGGCAGGAGUUUUCGUCGAUUGCCCCCGCCUGCCCCAGUUAACCGCGCUCGGUCGCAGUCCAGCUACGCAUUAGAGGCGCCGACGAUCUUCUGCCCCGUCCUGCCCUGCGGAUUCUCGACGGCGGCGCCGGAUACCACGGCAGCGAAGGAAGGAAGGGAAAGAAGGGGCCGAAACCAACUUGCUUGUGCCGGGGCAAGGACGAGAUCGGGGGCAGCCGAGCCGGAACCCCAAACCCCAGGCGAGGUUCUCGCAAUAGAAGUAUGCCCAAUGGAUCGUGGAGGUUCCCAAAAGAAAAGACAUAAAUCUGUUGCAAAUGUUGAUAUCAUCAGUAAUCUACCUGAUGUUAUCAAAGACAAAAUUCUCUGCUAUUUACCAAUAAAAGAAGCUAUAAGAACAUGUCUCUUGUCAAGGAAAUGGAGAUACACAUGGGCUUCAAUGACUGAAUUGAUGUUCAGGGAAGAUGAUUUUGCUUUAGGCAAUGGUAAUGAAGAUGGUGACAGUGUCAGAUUUGCCUCCUUCGUCCAUACGUUUCUCUCCCUCCACUAUGGCCCUAUUCUGAAGUUUGAAAUGAAUGCCCGACGAGUUCAUACGUUUUCCCCUGGAGGACACAUCCAUAGGUGGAUGCUUAUUCUGUCAAGAAAUGGAAUUAAAGAAAUUCAAAUUAAGACAAGGAUAUGGAGGAAUUACAAAAUUCCUUCUUCUUUCUUCUCAUGUGCGGAAUUGGAAUAUGCUUGCCUGCAAGGUUGUAUAUUUCAGUUGCCAUCUUUGUUUACAGGCUUUAAGCGAAUGCAUACCCUUCAUUUUAUUGAGUUCUGUGCAACGGAAAACAAUAUUGGGGAAUUAGUAGCAAACUGCCCGAACUUAGAGGAACUUAUUCUCUCUAGGUUGCUCAGCUUUGCUGAUAUCACUAUCCACUCAACAAAGCUCAAAGUCCUAAGAGUUGAUGGCAUGUUUAAACAUCUCAAUCUUGUUACGCCACAUGUCUCUUCAGCAGUGAUUAACCUGCGAGUUAACACUGGUUAUGUCCCAAGGGCUGGGUCCAACUUUAAUCUUUCUCAAUUCAUUGGUUCUCUUUUAGAUAUUGAAAAUAUUUCAUUACUCGGGCACGCUUUUGAGUGUGCAGCGCAUGGAAUCUUGCCUGGUAAACUAUCAAGAUUGUUGAAUCGGCUGACGGAGAUAACCCUGGAGCUUGACCUUGGUAACCUGAAGGAAGCAAACGCUGCUCACUGUUUGUUUCAGAUUGCUCCCAACUUGCGACGCAUGGAGCUACAGCUUAUGCACAGGGGCUAUUCUGCACCAACCUCGAAUUUCUGGGACUCAAUUGAUCACCAGGAUUGUCUCUUCAAGAACCUUUAUACAGUUGUUAUGAACAACUUUACUGGCUCCUGUGCAGAGUCAGGCUUCUUGGAACUUUUGCUUAAAGAUGCAACUGUACUUAGAAGUGCGCGAAUAAAGGACAACAACAAACUGGACAAAGAAUCCCUCAAACGUAUCCUGAAGAUGAGAAGAGCAUCCAAGGACGCAGAAAUAAUCCUCCUUUGAGGCGUGGUCCCAUGACUCCAAUAGAUGCGCACUGUUGGUUUCCUGGUGAAGCAAUUUGAUCUGUUAUGGUUAUGGUACACUAUAUGGGUUUAUUCAGUUAAUCGUAUGGGUACAGCUUUAACUAAACAAAAGUUGCAGUCUUUUUGCAGAUACUUAUUUCAGUGUGUCACCUUCAGUAAAGCUAAAUGUCGCACCUGAGUCACCAGUUCUGUUUCUUUUACCAUUUGGGUUGGUACUUUGAAAUUUAGUCUCCCCGCGUUGGUCAACAUGGGUUUGCUUAACUGACUUUGGACAAACUGGUGCUUGUGGGUUGUGAAACAGCCCGUUUAACCUUUGAAUGGUACUAUAUGAUCAUUUUACCUAA